CUCUCUGUUUUAAAGCAGCUCACUCUAGGAGUUUGUUUCAGUCAAACCCACACCAUGGCGUCAGUGAAGGACCUGAUUCUGGCUGCUGCUCUUCUUGUUGCUGCCCUCGUUUCACUGACUGAGGGUAUCAUGGGAGGAGGAGAGGCAGCUCCUCACUCUCGGCCCUACAUGGCUUCCAUCCAGAAGCCCGAGGGCGAGAAGAUGAUCCAUGAAUGUGGAGGGUUUGUGGUGGCCGAUCAGUGGGUGAUGAGCGCAGCUCACUGUCUGUCAGAUGGAAUUAAUGGAAGAAAAAUAGUUCUGGGAGUCCAUUCUCUGAGUCAGGUUGAAGACACAAAGCAAACCUUUGACAUCUUGGAAGUUCACAACCAUCCCAGCUUCCAAAGUUAUAAUUUUGACAAUGACAUUGCUUUGAUUAAACUUGAUCGUACCUACAACUCCACCGAAGCUGUCCAAGCUGUGCAGUUCCUCAGAGCUGGAGGCUCCAACCCUGAGACUGAUGCAGAGGUGGAGACGGCUGGGUGGGGAUCCCAGGACAACCUGGGGACCAGACCUGACAAACUGCAGGAGUUGACCAUCGACGUAUUCAGCUCCAGGCGCUGCAAGCGCUCAGACUACUACGGCCGAAAGUUCACGGACAACAUGAUGUGUGCUUACAGAGUGUGUCAGGAUCCAUGUAACAAGCCGCACGAGAAGGAAGACAGCUGUGACGGUGAUUCUGGAGGUCCUCUACUCUACCAGGGAGUUGUAGUCGGUGUCACUUCCAAUGGUGGGAAGAAGUGUGGGCAGUUAAAGAAACCCGGAAUUUACACCAUCGUCUCCCGCUACACUGAGUGGAUCGACAGCAUCAUUGGUUCACAGCCCACUGCAGCACCACAGAGCACUUAAAUAAAGUUUCCCUCUUUCUCAUUUCAUCUCUAAACAUCUCUCCACUUUCAUUUUGCAUUUUCUUUACUGCUUUAAGUAGUGGUUUGAAAAAAAAAUCUGAUUCAGAUUCAGACUCAUAUUAUCACAAACUGUAUAAAAACAACUGCACCAGAAAAAUAUUGUAUAAAAUAAACUCUUUUUCACCAUUCUUAAUAAAGAAACACUGAUGGCACUCAGAAA